CGCACCCCGACCUUUCUUCUUCCCCCUUCGCCCUCUGUUUCCAACGCUCUGUUUCGUAGAGGACACCAAAUCUUGCUUUCUUCACCCUUCCCUCCGUUUCUCCGCCCCGUGUUCUGCCCUGCAUUGUCUCUCGACGUCGUCGGCCUUCUGAUUCCGACCAAGAUGGAAUUCGAUGACCACUACCGGCAGGCUCAGAGGGCUACAUACGAUUGCCUUCUCUUCGAUCUCGAUGACACUCUCUACCCAUUGAGUUCUGGCAUCGCAACCGAGUGCCGUAAGAACAUUGGAGAUUACAUGCACGAGAAACUUGGGAUCGAGGAAAGCAAGAUAUCGGAGCUGUGCGAUGUCCUAUACAAGAACUACGGCACGACAAUGGCUGGUCUAAGGGCCGUCGGCUACGACUUCGACUAUGACGAUUACCACAGCUUCGUUCAUGGAAGAUUGCCGUACAACAAGUUGAAGCCAGACCCUGUUCUUAGGCAGCUCUUGCUGAGCCUUCCGAUGCGCAAAGUCGUGUUCACGAACGGCGACGAGGUCCACGCUGCUGAGGUGCUCAAGAGGCUGGGGCUGGAAGACUGCUUCGAAGGGGUCAUAUGCUUCGAGACUCUGAAUCCACCGUCCUCCUCCUGCGGCACACAAACCCCGAGCGAAAUCUUCGACAUCGUCGACCACUUCUCGAAGCCUGACACUAGCGGAAUCGAACUACCCAAGACGCCGGUGCUGUGCAAGCCGUCCGUGGAAGCCAUGGAGCACGCGCUGAGGCUCGCAAACAUCGACCCCCAAAGAAGUGUUUUCUUCGAUGACAGUGCACGGAACAUUCGAUCAGGAAAACGCAUCGGUCUGCAGACCGUACUGGUGGGGACUUCACACAGAGUGAAAGGCGCGGACCAUGCUUUGGAGAGCAUCCACAACAUCAGGGAGGCGCUGCCGGAGCUGUGGGAGAAGGCAGAGAAAUCAGGCAGCAUCCGGCACUCGGGGAAGGUUGCGAUGGAGACAUCUGUGACUGCCUAAUCGUCGGGAUCGGUGGACCGGAGGGAGUGUACUGGACUUGUGGGGCCGCCGCUAGAUCAGCACACAAAAUGACAUGGUAAGGGAUUCGUUCGUAGCUGUGGGUCUGUCUUUUGUCUGGUUCAUGUAAUUGUUCCCACGAUUGGUCCAAUGUUGUAAUGUGGGCAUCAAGAAAUAAUUAUCAUUCACCUUUCUUUUUUGUA